AUGUUGACGAAAAUCAUUGUGUUGUGUGCUUUGUUGCUUGCUGUGCACUGUCUUCCGAUUAUAGACUAUGAUUUUGUAUCAGAGGAUAUAAGCACAAAGGACCACAUAAUUUCAAAGCGGUUUAUUAAUCCAGCCUUAUCAAUUGGAUCAUUCUCGAAUGACAAUUUUCUAAAAAUAAGGACACGGCGAAGUUCGGAGGAAGAGUGUGAGAAAUUAGCUCUAUGUAAGUUACACGCUCGCUCGCAAAACAACUUCGUAGCCGCGUUUGAACUAUAUUUCGUGAAUAAGGAGAACGCACGGUUGUGGGACCAUGAAGCCAGAUCUAUUUCUGACUGUUACGAACGUUACAGCUGCGACGAAUGA